AUGACAGUGGAGAAUGAUGACGUGGCCUCCGCCUUCAGCCUGGACGACCUUCUUUUCCUGCACAAACUCUGCGGCGUGCCGCUGGUGUUCGACUUUCACCACCAUAAAUUCUGCCCCGGCAGCCUGACAGAGAAAGAAGCACUGGAGGCGGCUGUGAUGACCUGGCCUGCAGGCGUGCGGCCCAUCGUACACUGGUCCGAGAGCCAGGAGGGCCGCAAGCCUCACGCGCACUCUGACUAUGUUCAUGGUCCCAUCUUCCUGCACGGCAUGGAAGCCAAAGUCGACGUGCAAAUCGAAGCGAAGUGCAAGGAGCAAGCACUUCUGGCGUAUCGCGGUGGCAUGCCAUUCCCCGAGCCAGCCGAGGCUGGGGAGGAGCCACCAACUGGCGAGGAGGAGUGA